AUGGCCGAGCAGAUUAGCGAGAUUUGCAAGCCCAUUUUGGAUGGUGUGUACAAAUUACGCAAUGAGGCAGGUAACGACGCGUCGUAUGUGUUCCAGGAGCCCGUUGACAGGCGCUUGGUUGACUACUACCGUAUCAUCAAACGCCCCAUGGCCUUGAGUAAUAUCCGCGACAAUCUCAAGGCCAACCGCUACACAAACAUAUCGCAGUUCAUCACAGAUAUGGCACAGGUUACUCACAACGCCCGGAUCUAUAACGCUCCUGAGUCCUUCAUUUAUACCGACGCUCUGGUGCUGGAUGGGUAUCUGCGAGAGCAGAUUGCCAAGCUAGCGGCUAAGCAGAUAUUCGACCCUGCGGAUCUGGCUUAUCCUGAUUUGGGACCACUUCCAGAUCACUCGGCUGCUGCAAAUUAUGACUAUGAUAGUGAUUCGAUGUCUGACAGCGACAGCGACGACGAUGGCUCAAGAAGAUUACGGCGGCGUCCCAUGCGCAGGUCCGUGCUUUUGGGCCGCAGAAAGCGUCAAGAGGAAGAGGAAGAGGAAGAGAGAUCAGUUGCUGAGGGCCGUAAACGCCGUGGCCGGCCACCGACUGUCGACAAGCCUCACGAGCAUCGUAUCAAGGCUAUUUUGCGGGCGAUUCGUCGGGAACGUGAUGUGGAAACUGGAAGGGCCCUCUACCUUGAGUUUGAAAAACUGCCCGACCCCAAGCUGUUCAGCGACUAUUACACUAUAAUCAGUGAUCCUAUGACUUUGGAUGCAGUUCGAAAGAAUAUCAAACGCCGAAAGUACUUUAGCGUGGAAGCGUUUUUGAACGAUAUGAAUCUCAUUUUUAAUAAUGCCAAACAAUACAAUGCAGAAUCAUCAUUGAUCUACCAAGACGCUGUGCACUUGCAACAGGUUCUAGCUGCUGUUGCUGAUGAGGAGCUUCGCAAACCUGAUUCGGCCUAUCAAGAUCCAGACUCGAACUCAAAGACUUCGAGAUUGCCUUUAGACUCGGUUGAACAUCGUGGAGAAACCUACAAGGUUGGAGAUUGGGUGCACUUGAGCAAUGCUAACGACCCAGCCAAGCCGAUUAUUGGCCAGGUGUUUCGUCUGUGGCAAGAAGGCGGCGACAAAUGGGUCAACGUCUGUUGGUAUUAUCGGCCUGAGCAGACGGUCCAUCGUUUUGACAAACUGUUUUAUGAAAACGAGGUUAUGAAGAGUGGCCAGUAUCGAGAUCACAAAGUCGAUGAGAUUCUCGAAAAGUGCUUUGUUAUGUAUAUCACAAAAUACCAGCGGGGACGACCAACAGGAAUUGGUCAACGCUCGGUAUACUGCUGCGAGAGUCGUUACAACGAAGCAGAGAAGACUUUCAACAAAAUCAGGACAUGGAAAGCUUGCAUUCCUGACGAGGUACGGUCCACAGAUUACCCCAUGGAUCUGUUUGAUCGUCCCCGCCAGCUGCGCAGGGUCGUCAGUCCCAUCAAGCAAAUGCUGCCUGCUGAUGCCAAAGACACAGACCCCAUGCCCGAGCCCAGGAUGGGUGCUCCUAAUGCUCCUCCGAUUGUUGGCGGUGUUUACAAACGACCAAUCGACCCCAAUGAUCCUCCAGAGCAACCUACUCCGUUGUCGCCGGCGUCUGCGCCACGUUCAGCUUCUCCUGCAGCCCCUACGGUCAAUGGCAACGGCGGCCCUCGUUAUCCUCCUGCCUCCACGGUUGCCUCAACAGUACCUAGCGGUGCUAAUACUCCAACUCCUGGACCACUGCCCAGCAUGCCCGGAGGUCCUGUGCAAAUGGACAUGAUGGCCGCACCGCUGAACGGUGGUAAUGCUGGCGCGGGCGCUGGCACUGGCUUUAACGGACCGCCCGUAACUAUGCCUAGUGCGUAUGCUUUGCCGGAGCCGGUUGUGGGCCAGCUCCCUGAGCGGCAGUUGGCUAAUGUUGCCAAACUCAAGGACGGCCAAAUCAUCUGGUUCCCGUCCUGUCCAGUUUGGAUUUCGCACCGCAUUCUCUCGAACCCGCUCCCGCCGGCUGCUGAAUUCGGGCUGCCCAAAACCGGGCUCACGUUGGCGUCAGGAUUCGGAUUCUCAGCUAAAUAUUUGGCGUGGAAGGCCCGGCAGAAGAACGGCAACUGA